GCUGUGUUAAUGCACCAUUUUCAUGUAAGGAAUAAGACGCUCAAGUUCCUCAGGUGUCUGUCUGUCCAUACGUGCAUUUAUGGAACAGAUGAUGAGCAAUGCUCUGCCACAUUGCUACACAGAAUGUCUUCUACACAGUUCACCCACAUGCGGUUUGAUUUUUGCCCACUUCCAGAUGCCCUCUCGCUGCAGGAAUGCGCUGAACAUCGUGGUCACCACCCUUUUUGCUGCGGUGGUCCUCUUCACCAUCCUGCUGGCCUAUGUCACAGGCUACCAGUUCAUCCACACUGAACAGCACCACCUCUCCUUUGGCCUCUAUGGUGCCUUCCUCUCCCUCCACCUCUUCCUCCAGAGCCUUUUUGCCUUCCUGGAGCAUCGGCGGAUGAGGAGCCCCGCCCAGCCUCAGCACCUCCGUCGUUCGGUAGCCCUCUGCAUUGCCGCCUACCAGGAGGACCCAGACUAUCUGAGGAAGUGCCUGCGCAGUGUCCGCAGAAUCUCCUUCCCUGGGCUGAAGGUGGUGCUGGUGGUGGAUGGGAACCGGCCUGAGGAUCGCUACAUGAUGGACAUUUUCCAGGAGGUGAUGGGCGGGGCUGACCAGGCUGGCAGUAUGGUGUGGAAAGGAAACUAUCACAGUGAUGGGAGUGGAGGAGGAGGUGUCGGAGGUGGAGGGAGGAGCACAGUGCACAUGGAGGAGGCAGCACGUGUGGCUCGGCUGGUCAGAGGCUGCCGUUACUCCUGCAUCAUGCAGGAGUGGGGAGGGAAAAGAGAGGUGAUGUACACUGCCUUUAAAGCACUGGGGGACAGUGUGGACUACAUGCAGGUGUGUGACUCAGACACAGUUCUAGACCCAGCAUGUACCAUAGAGAUGCUGAAGAUUCUUGAGGAAGAUCCGAUGGUGGGAGCAGUUGGUGGAGAUGUACAGAUCCUUAACAAGUAUGAUUCGUGGAUCUCCUUCCUCAGCAGUGUGCGCUACUGGAUGGCCUUCAAUAUAGAGAGGGCCUGCCAGUCCUACUUUGGAUGUGUCCAGUGCAUCAGCGGCCCUCUGGGGAUGUACAGGAGCUCGUUGCUUCAGCGCUUCCUGGAGCCCUGGUACCACCAGACCUUCCUAGGCUCCAAGUGCAGCUUUGGUGAUGAUCGCCACCUCACCAAUCGGGUGCUCAGCUUCGGCUACAAGACAAAAUUCACGGCGCGAUCACAGUGCCAGACUGAGACACCAACCCAGUAUCUGCGUUGGCUCAACCAGCAGACUCGAUGGAGCAAGUCUUACUUCCGUGAAUGGCUCUACAAUGCCCUGUGGUUCCACAAGCACAGUCUCUGGAUGACCUAUGAGUCAGUGGUCACUGGCUUCUUCCCCUUCUUCCUGGUUGCCACGGUCAUCCACCUCUUCUACCGUGGAAGGCUGUGGAACAUCCUGCUCUUCUUAUUGACAGUCCAGCUGGUUGGGAUGGUGAAGGCCACCUACGCCUGUUUCCUACGUGGUAGCCUGGUCAUGAUCUUCAUGUCACUCUAUUCUCUGCUCUACAUGUCCAGCUUGCUUCCUGCCAAAAUAUUUGCCUUGCUCACCAUCAACAAGUCUGGAUGGGGCACUUCAGGCCGCAGGAAGAUCGUGGUCAACUUCAUCGGUGCUGUACCUGUCACAGUGUGGGCUAUGGUGCUGCUUGGAGGAGUGGCCUAUACAAUCUACUGCGAAACACAGGAGCCAUUCAGUGAGACAGAGAAAGCCUUGUUGAUAGCAGGGACGAUACUCUAUGCCUGCUACUGGCUCAUUCUACUGGUGCUGUACCUGGCAAUCGUAGCCAAACGGUGUAACAAGAGGGAAGAACAGUAUCACCUGCCAUAUGCUGAGGCAUAAACCUAUUACCAGAGAGACUGGUAGGACAUCUGCACCAAGUUUCACUGCAGUUUGAUUCUAGCAGGCUGUCUGUCGACGCUGUGAACUGUAGUGUGAUGGGCUGUGAACCAGGGAAACACUCACGUCUUCAUCACUGGUGCUAGAAAGGUGUGAAUCUGGAAUCUGGGCAGCAGGAAUCUUAUCCAGCUGAAGGAGGAGGCUCUGAGAUGACUGUAUCCAUACAGCUUCCCCAUUUAUCUCAUGGUGCUUCACACUGAAAAACCAAACCAAAUGGAAGUGAUCCAGUGUAUAAUGUGUUCAUACACUUGUAAGAGUGACAUGCUCAGAAGAACAUUAGGUAGU